AUCGAUACUUUUUUGCAACCCUACAGCGCAGCCAACUUCACUCUUUCUCUUUUCAGCCUCAAUUGACGAGUGUUGGUCGCAAAUUUGUAAAUUAUUACAAAAUCAUAAUGGAGAACGACGCCGGUGAGAAUGUCGAUUUGUACGUGCCCCGUAAAUGCUCGGCAUCAAACAGAAUUAUCCACGCUAAGGACCACGCCUCCGUGCAAUUGAGCAUUGUUGUUGUGGAUCCCGAGACCGGCCGCCAAACUGACGGCACAAAGACCUACGCCAUUUGCGGCGAGAUUCGUCGCAUGGGCGAGUCCGACGAUUGUAUUGUGCGUCUGGCCAAGAAGGAUGGCCUCAUUACCAAGAACUUCUAAACAAUGUACACAUGAGUUGUCAAUAAAGUGAAUUCCUUUUAUAUGUAACGUUAAAUACGUUUUCUUUAAUAUUAUUGGAAUAAAUAAAGUGGCGCCACCGAAUCAUCCGGGAAUGUAAA